AUGACAGAUCAACAAAACGAAACAUCGACAACAAUAUCACAUGUUACAACAUCAACGGUAAAAACUGGUUUAGAACGUUUGGCUCAACUUUAUCCACAUAUAACUGAAGAUACACCAUUACCAUCGAAAUGGAAUUCAAAAGAAAAAGCACCACCUUUAGUACUUCAACAAAGUAAUCUUGUUGUAACAUAUAAAGGACCAGGAAAAUCACAUAAAGAUGCAGCUAGCGUUCGCUCUGAUCAUCCUAUUCCAUCACUUGCUGGAAUUUAUUAUUACGAAGUGAAAAUUAUUAGCAAAGGUCGCGAUGGAUAUAUGGGUAUUGGUCUUUCAACUAGUGAAGUAAAUCUCAACCGUUUACCCGGAUGGGAUAAAGGCUCAUAUGGUUACCAUGGUGAUGAUGGUCAUUCAUUUUGUUCAUCAGGUUCUGGCAUUGCCUAUGGACCAACAUUUACAACCGGUGAUUUUGUUGGUUGUUGUUCAGAAAUCUAUCCAACAAUAGGAUUACAAACACCACUUGAAGCUAUCGAAGCUAAUUUUGGUCUUAGCCCAUUUAAAUUUGAUAUAGAAAAAUACAUGGGCGAAUACCGAGAAAAAACUCGUCGAGCAAUAGUGGAAUGUACAUUAAAAGAAGGCGAAUUAUUACAUCAAAUUCAAUUACGUCGUAUUGUUUCAACAUAUCUCGUUCAUUAUGGUUAUUGUGAUACAGCUGAACAAUUUAAUAAAAAUGCUGAAAAUGUCUAUGCCGAUGAACUUAAUUCUAUGCGUAAUAGACAACUUAUUCAAAAUUUAAUUCUCGAUGGUCAUACAACAGAUGCAAUUGAAAAAACUAAAGAACUUUUUCCUACAUUGCUCAAUAAUAAAAAUCUUUUAUUUGUGCUCAAAGUUCGUCAAUUUAUUGAAAUGAUAAAUGGAACUGAAAGCGAAAUUUCUAAACCGUCCAUAACUUCUCAAAUAACAAAUUCUUCAUUAAUUAAUCAUAAAAAUCAUUCGAAUAGUUCAUGUUCUAAUAAAAAUUCUUCUUGUGCAGCAACAACAAAUGAACGUUCAUCAUCACCCGUCAAUAAAUCGAAUACAUCUUCACGUUCUCGUUCCAAUAGUCCAUAUACAUCUGGACGUAAUCAAACAACGAAUUCAGAAGAACAACAACAACAACAUAGUAAUGGAACAAUCAAUUCUUCUUCACGUCGAUCAAGUGCAAAUAAUAACGAAUCAUCACAAGAAAUUAUUACAACAGUAAAUUCAUUACCAACGUAUAAUAAUGUUACAAAUCUUAUGGAUAUAGAUGAUGAAAUUCAUGCUAAUAAUACAACAAAUGGUUUUAGCAAUCAUGGAACAGUAUCCUCUUCUUCUUCUUCUUCUUCCUCUUCUUCCGCUUCUUCUUCUACAAAUCAAAUUUCUAAUGGUCAUUUACUGUUUGAUGACGAUAGUAAUAAUCUAAUUAUUGAUAAAAAUACAAACAGUAAUGGAUGUUUAACAAAAUCAACAGAAACUUUCGAUAGAAUGGAAUGUGAUGGCAUUAAUGAUUUAAAUCAUACAAUGGAUAUAGAAAAAGAUUCAUCUGAUGUACAGGAAAAAGAUGAUCAACUUCUUGUUAAAAUUCUUCAAUUUGGUAGAGAAUUACUUGCACUUAAACAACAAUUAAAUAAUGAACAUGGAGACAAUACACAACAUGAUAAAAUAUUACAGGAUGCAUUUAGCUUAUUAGCAUAUCCAGAUCCUAAGUCAUCACCACUUGCCCAUCUAUUAGAACCAUCUCAGCGUGAAUCUGUUUCCAGUAUACUCAAUAGUGCCAUUCUUGAAGCACAUGAUAUGCCUCGACAUCCUGCUCUUGAAGUACUUGUUGGUUAUUUAAAUGAAUGUGACAAGUUAAUGCAUAAGAACAAUAUACCCGAUUGUGCCUUCGUUGAAUUGAACAAAUAUGUACGAUAA